CUAACCCGGAAGUGCAGUGACAGCUCCUCUCAAAAAAAAAAAAAAAAAAUCCUUCAUCCCUUUCGUUGAACAGCGAAACAAAGCUUGCCAAGAAGCUCAGGCUUUGGACAGACAUGCAGUACUGACACACCUACAGACAGAGAGACCUGACGGACAGAGUCCAGCUGGCGAGUCAUGGCAGCAGCAAGCGGAACAGAUGUGCGAGGGACUUUGAUCUAGAGAGGGUGAGAAGGACUAUCCAAGAUGGCUUUGAUUCUCAUCCUCCUCUCCGCCACUGCCUCCACACUGUCCAGUUCCAACCUGAUCACCUAGCUGGCCUUCCUUAACAGCUUUUUGAGGCUGCUGACCUCUCUUGCACACCACUGUGAAGAACAGAGCGCUGGCUACUACAGACUGAUAGAAGAUCUGCAGAAACACACUGAAGGAGUCUCCUCAGGAAGAACAGUCUGCUCUGUCCCUUCCUGAAGGGUGCCCGUAGCUGUUUUGGAGUCUGGACGUCCUGUUGUACUGGUUGCAACUGUGCGGCUCUCCAUACAGCAGGUGUUGUUUCAGACGCAGCCAGCUUGACAGAUUUUUGGCACCUCCCUCCCCUACACGCCCCAUACCACCUCACCCCACACCUGGCUGGUGCUCCGGCCCCAUUCAGUCAUCAAGGCUGGCAAUGUCCAGAGUCCCAAGCCCCUCUCCCCCGGUGGAAAUGUCCAGCGGUCCCGUGGCUGAGAGCUGGUGUUAUACUCAGAUCAAAGUGGUAAAGUUCUCCUACAUGUGGACCAUCAACAACUUCAGCUUCUGCCGUGAGGAGAUGGGAGAGGUCAUCAAAAGCUCCACUUUCUCCUCAGGAGCCAACGACAAACUCAAAUGGUGUUUGCGUGUGAACCCUAAAGGUCUGGAUGAGGAGAGUAAAGACUAUCUAUCACUUUACUUGCUCUUAGUCAGCUGCCCAAAAAGUGAGGUGCGCGCCAAGUUUAAGUUUUCUAUCCUCAAUGCCAAGGGAGAAGAGACCAAAGCCAUGGAGAGCCAGAGAGCAUACCGUUUUGUCCAGGGGAAGGACUGGGGUUUCAAAAAGUUCAUAAGGAGGGACUUCCUGCUGGACGAGGCCAACGGUCUGCUGCCUGAUGACAAAUUAACACUUUUCUGUGAGGUGAGUGUGGUGCAGGACUCUGUGAACAUCUCAGGCCAGAACACAACGAACAUGGUGAAGGUACCGGAUUGCAGGCUGGCGGAGGAGCUCGGAGAUCUGUGGGAAAACUCUAGAUUCACCGACUGCUCCCUGUGUGUCGCUGGCCAGAAAUUCCAGGCACACAAAGCCAUCCUAGCAGCUCGCUCGCCGGUGUUCAGUGCCAUGUUUGAGCACGAGAUGGAAGAGAGUAAGAAGAACCGUGUGGAGAUAAAUGACGUGGAACCAGAUGUCUUCAAAGAGAUGAUGUGCUUCAUCUACACAGGCAAGGCCCCCAACCUGGACAAGAUGGCUGAUGACCUGCUGGCUGCAGCUGACAAGUAUGCUCUGGAGAGGCUGAAGGUGAUGUGCGAGGACGCUCUGUGCACAAGUCUCAGUGUGGAGAACGCCGCAGACGUCCUCAUCCUCGCCGACCUGCACAGCGCCGACCAGCUCAAGACGCAGGCCGUGGACUUCAUCAACUAUCACGCAGCUGAUGUGAUGGAGACAUCUGCCUGGAAGUCCAUGGUGAUCUCUCACCCACACCUGGUAGCAGAGGCCUAUCACUCCCUGGCCUCGGCUCAGUGCCCCUUCCUGGGUCCCCCGAGAAAACGUCUCAAACAGUCCUAGUGGUGCGGAGAGACUCUCCUGUCCUGGCCCUGCUGUGUCCUCCUGUACCAGCGACCUCACUGCUCCUCCCUCCCAGUCCUCCUUUCUCUCCUACAGCAUCCAGACUGAAACCCCUGGCCUGAUAUAGCUGAGGGGAGCUACUCAGCUGGGCAGACAAGAGAAUUACAGGACUGAUGCCACAGAGGAGCUAUCUCUGUAGGUGGGGAUGGAAUGAAUUCUAUAAGAUCUAAACGUGGAUAUUUAUGGUUUGCAAGCUCAAAACCUUGCGUAUUCCAAAUAUCCUUUAUCUACAAUAUUGGAAAGCUAGAACCAUAAUCUGCGAGUCAGUCGCGUAAACAACUGAUCUUCUCGCCCGGAAGAAAAGGCACUUCUGACUUCCUGUAAAUACAAUUUUGUGGCAUAUUGUCUUGUACAGUGUCUCGAAUGUUAAAGCCCAAACUGUGCUUAUAAAAGGACAAGUGAAGAGGAUCAACCAACCAGGAAGUGAAAGACUACUGUUUCCAUUGUUGUUGAUUUAAACAGUGUUUGCACAAAGUAUUGUUUUUAUACAGCACAAAGAUAUCUCAGUUUGAAUGAAAGAAAACAAAUCUGAACACGUUUUAAUGUUCACUAUUUAGCCUGUGCCUUAAACCGGCCAAACACUGUACGGGUGGUUAAGUCAGAUUUUCGCCCCGGUUGCCCUGAUUCUAAAAUAGGGCUAAAUUUCUGCCAAUCGGAUGUGAAUUGACAUGCAGUUUGAUGGGGGAUCACGAUACAACAUUAAUUAACUGAACAAUCAACGAUCUGACUUGUCAGAUUGGUUGGAUUUCUGGCAUGUCAGAAAUUGUGGUCUGCUGUCUGGGAGUUUGAGCAGUUUAACAGUCUGAUUUCCCUCAUGGCUGCUGUCAAAAUAUCCAUUAUGCUGCUUUUAAUAUAUUUUGGAGAAGUGUUUUACAUGUUGUGGCUAAAACUGUAUUCUUGACUGAGGCUAUAGAUAUACUGCUAUACUGUGAUAUAAAACUGAACUGUGCUGCAGAACAGACUGACCAUAUUGUCUGCAUCUUCCAGCCAUCUGCAGCUCCAUAUUUUUCUUUUUUUAUUUCCAUUCAUAGUAUAAUUGCACAAAACUAGUCCUGGAUUUCGCUCAUUAGAGGAAGUUGUCUUCAUUAAACUUUCUUCGAAUUGUCACUGGAAAAAAAAUGGCGGCUGUUUCAUUGACACAUCCAGUGUGAACAUUAAAGUCCACAUUAGGCCAGGUUCUGGCCAUGUGGAAAGGCAGAUUAACUUGAGUAGUGUGAGAACACAACGUAGAAGAUGAAUACAAACACACAGUGUCUGCCUGGCUGUAAAAAAAGAUCAUCAAAUGAUCUGAUUUUUACUCACCUGUUACCACAAUUCAUUCCCUGUGACUGAAUCAAUGUUUUGGCCUCUGAACCUUUAAAAUACAGAUGUUUUGAAUUUUGUCCAGCAUGCCUGUGUCUUCUUUCGUCUUUGAUAUCUUCAUCACUGUGCAGUUUGGCCACAUCCACCAGUUACUGACUCAUUAAUGAACAGCCUCUUUCAACUUGCCGCCAGAUCAGUGUGUGUGAGUAACACAUUUCAGUUUCAAGCUUAAUCCUCUCAUGAUCAAAGUUCAGUCCCCCGGUGCACGUGCUGCUCACCUCGUCUGAUCACAAGAGCUCAUAUACAGCUGUGUCGUAUGUAGACUCAGCUCUCACUCGUGGUCACAGGCCUGUUUGACUUUGUCUCAGUGGCCUUGCUUAGAGAAUAGAUAGGUUGUAAUCACUUCAGAGAGAGCUGGGCCUUUCUCUUGGACAGUAUUUUAACAGGGAUUUCUCUGUGUUGACCAAAGUCGAAGCCCAGCGGGCUUUAAGGAAGCUCAUCCCUGAGCCCUGAAAAUCGCUCCUCAUCAAACAGUCAGCCCUGGCCGGCGAUCAUUGGGGAUAUUCUGGCAUUGUCCCGGCACUCAUCAAACAGAGGAAAGGCCAUUAUUUGUGAUACACACAGUACACUGUAGAAUCCUGACAGACCACAUAUUAGGAGGAGUGAUGAUUCAAUUACAUUAUUUAUAUUUAUGGAGCCGCAACUAAAUGUGAAGAUAUUGUGAUCGAUGUGUGCUUCAGUGCAAAUGAAGAGCAUUAUUUUUGAAUGAACCAGUACUAAGAAGGUGAGCUGGGUAGUAUAUGAGAAUGGAUUAAGAGACUUUGAUAUGAUUGUUGUCUAGGGUUGUUGUUGUAACCCAUUUCGAAGUAUAGGUUACAUUUGUGUUUUCCUGGUCUUUAAGGUUUAGUGACACUGAAGUGCCUGAGCAUAUUUGACUGUUUGUAUCGGAGUUCACACCUCACAUUACUAGUGGGUACACCCUUACAAUAUUGUUCUUUUUUCCCUGCUUACCUUUGUGUAUUUAACUUUAUUCGCACUGUCGGUGUGUUGUGUUUGUGUUUUAAUAAACUGCCAGAUGGACCAAA